AUGCCCACGUCCUCCCCCCUCAUGGACCAUGCUUCGGUGACGGAACUUGCUCGCGGCAGAGUGCGCCAACAUGUCGGAGUGGCUGCCAUGGCUCCUGCCGUCGCCAGUAACAGGGACGCGGCUGUGUGUCCCACCGACGACGAAGCCAUAACACCCCGAAACAGGACUCGAUCCUGGGACUAUGUCUGGCGAUCUGGUGUCGCCGGGGGGGUCGCAGGCUGCGCUGCCAAGACCAUCGUCGCUCCGCUAGAUCGAGUCAAGAUCCUCUUCCAGGCCAGCAAUCCCCACUUCGCAAAAUAUACAGGAUCUUCCUUCGGCGUCGCAACCGCCAUCAGAGACAUUUACCACUUCGAAGGUGGCCGGGGACUCUUCCGAGGCCACUCGGCUACGCUGCUGCGUAUUUUUCCCUACGCCGGCAUCAAGUUCCUCGCUUACGAGCAGAUUCGAGCCAUGAUUAUUCCUGGCAAAGAGUACGAAACGCCGCUGCGACGACUCCUCAGCGGCAGUCUUGCCGGCGUCACUUCUGUCUUCUUCACAUAUCCCCUGGAGCUCAUUCGAGUACGGCUGGCCUUUGAAACAAAGAAGGACGGCCGCUCGUCUUUGUCUUCAAUCUGCAGACAGAUUUACAACUCGAGCCCUGUCGAGAAGUCGGCCACGGCAAGACUCCCCAGCGCCCCAGCUCCUGUUGCCGCCGCCGUAGAGUCUACUGCCUCGGUGGCCGGUUCGAUUGUCCCCAAGACGGGACUUAUCAACUUUUACCGUGGCUUUGCGCCGACGCUGCUGGGCAUGCUUCCGUACGCGGGCAUGUCCUUCCUCACCCACGACACCGUCAGCGACUUGAUGCGCCACCCCUCAGUCGCCCAAUAUACGACCCUACCCCGGCGGAAGAACCAGCCCUCGGACAAGCCCGCGCCGCUCCGAUCGUGGGCUGAGCUCACGAGCGGUGGUGUCGCUGGUAUGAUUUCGCAAACUUCAUCGUACCCGUUGGAGGUCAUCAGACGGCGCAUGCAAGUAAGCGGUGCUGUUGGGGACGGUCACAGGAUGCGUCUUGGCGAGACGGCCAGACUCAUCUUCCAAGAACGCGGAUUCCGAGGCUUCUUUGUCGGGUUGACAAUUGGCUAUGUCAAGGUGAUCCCCAUGGUGGCAGUGAGCUUUUAUACAUACGAGCGCAUGAAGCUGGUUUUUGGCAUAUAG